ACAUUUUCGUAACUAUUGGUUUACUAAUUUAUUGUUUAUUGCAAAUUAUUUCAUUAUUUUUAAAACGACAUAUUUGUUUUACAAAAAUUUACGAUUAUUUCUUGCGUGUCCUAAACAUUUACUAUUAUUUAGAACAAAAAUUGUGCGAUAUUAGAUGGCGUUUCCUCAGCCUAAUGCUCAAAGAGAAUUGACUAAUAGAAAAAUAUUGGAAGAACUGCAGUUGAAGAAACAAAUGCUACUGAAACAAGGUGCUGUGGCCCCACUGACAGCUAGCACUAUACCUCUGAUCCAGCCCAGCCCAGUCAACCAGUUGCCUAUGUGCUCUAUUCCACCUGUAUCUGCUACUGCUGGCUUUCCUCAGUUACCAGAAGCAAAUAUUGUAAACACAAGCCAUAGAGCGGCCCUUCAACACGCCCACGCUAACUCUUGUGGCUUUUUCGUAUCGCAGGAUUCUUCAUUUGGUAACCAGAUUUUGCCUGUACUUCCAAGAUUUGAUACUAAGUAAUACAUUAACUGAACAACAUAAUGGCUGCUUUACUAAAACUGAAAGUGCUUGAGGAACAUUUGCAAGAUCUUGUUGGCUUUAAGAAGCCAAAGAUACAGUAUGAACAAUAUGAAACUCCGUCACACAUAGCAGCGGUUGCCUUACAUACUAUACAGGUUAGAUUUGAAGCACUAGAAAAUCGUUUAGUUUUGGAUGCAGGCUGUGGACCAGGUGUAUUAGCUUUGGGUGCAUCUUUGCUGGGAGCUAAUCUUGUCACUGCUUUAGAAAUUGACGAGGAUGCUAUAAAAAUAAUCAUGGAAAAUAUUGAUGACACAGAAACUACUAAUGUUGAAGUAAUACAGACUGACUUCCUAAAUUGUAACAAUUACAGAUGGGAAAACUACUUUGACACCGUAUUGAUGAACCCUCCAUUUGGUACGAAAAAUAAUAUUGGAAUGGACAUGAAGUUUCUACGCAUGGGCCUUGAUCUUAGCUGUGAUAGUGUAUACUCACUACAUAAAUCUUCAACAAGAUCACAUAUACAAAAGAAGGUUAAAGAGUGGGGUGUAAAGGGCGAGGUAAUCGCCGAACUACGCUACGAUCUUCCCGCCACCUACAAAUUCCAUAAGCAAGCCUCGCGAGACAUUGCCGUCGAUCUGUGGAGACUAAAACAUCCUCAUAUGUGACACCUGCAGCUUUAUAAGAUCUCACUGUUAGAUGGCAACAUUUGGAUAUGAACACUAUUGCUAUCUGUUUUUUUUUUUUUCAAAGGGUGUGAGUGGAGUGGCAACAUUUUCAGAAUACAAAUGUGAUAACUGGUGUACAGUAAUACCCCUCUUUAGAUACUUAUAAAAUUAUACAUCGGAACUAAUAAUCCUGUCUAUUUAAUUGCCAUGUUAAUUUUUUAAAACAGAUGAAGUUAUGUUAUAUGGCAAUUAAAUAAAGAUAAAUAUGAAUUACCUUUUAUGCCAAUAUACUUUGGAAAUUGUGUACAAAUUAUUUAUUUUUAUUGUAUAAAAAAAACGACAAAUUUCUUUUGUAAUACAUAAACAACAAAUACUUUU